GAAGACGAGAGAGAAAAAAACAAAAAAGAAAGGAAAAAAAGCUUCCACCGAAAGCGCAGCUGCGAGGCUGUUCGCCGCUGCGACGUCUCGUCCUCCUCCCCCGCUUCAAGCCCGGCAGGCCAGCGAGUCCAGCUGAGUCCGCCUUCUUCUCCAUCACUUCCUUGCUUCCAAAGAUUCCUGCUUUUUUUUUCUCUCUGUUCUUCGUUUCUCCGCUCCGGGCCUGCGCGUCGCCGGCUUGUCGGGGAGUGGGGCGGCGGCGAUGCAUACGAGGCUCUCGCGGUUCGCGCACAGGGUGCUCUGCUGCGGCAGGAAGGCCUCCGGGGAAGAUUUGAGUGAUGAGGGGAGCGGAUCGCUUAGGUGGGUGUUUACAUUGAGGGAGCUUCGGUCAGCAACAAAUAGCUUCAAUUAUGAUAACAAGAUUGGAGAAGGACCAUUCGGCUGUGUCUAUUGGGGACAAGUUUGGGAUGGUUCUCAGAUUGCUGUGAAGAAGUUGAAAUGUGCAAAAAAUGGGACAGAAACAGAAUUUGCUUCAGAUGUUGAGAUUUUGGGAAGAGUGAGGCACAAAAACCUCUUGAGCUUUCGUGGAUAUUGUGCUGAUGGACCUGAACGCAUUCUGGUGUAUGACUAUAUGCCGAACUCCAGUCUUUAUGCACAUCUUCACGGAGCACAUUCUACAGAGUGCCUUCUUGACUGGCGCAGGAGAACAUUUAUCGCAAUUGGUGCUGCUAGAGCUCUUGCGUAUCUUCACCACCAUGCGACACCCCAGAUAAUCCAUGGGAGCAUCAAGGCAACUAAUGUGCUGCUAGAUUCGAAUUUCCAGGCACAUCUUGGUGACUUUGGUCUGAUAAAGUUCAUCCCAGAUGGGGUGGAUCAUGACAAGAUAAUCAGCGAAAACCAACGUGGCUAUCUUGCUCCUGAAUACGUUAUGUUUGGCAAACCUACAACAGGUUGUGAUGUCUACAGCUUUGGCAUAAUACUAUUGGAGAUAUCUAGCGGGAGAAGACCAGUGGAAAAGUCAGGCUCUGCUAAAAUGUGUGGGGUUCGAAACUGGGUUCUUCCUUUGGCGAAAGAUGGUAGAUACGAUGAAAUUGUGGACUCUAAACUCAAUGAUAAGUAUUCUGAUUCUGAACUAAAAAGAGUGGUGCUGGUUGGGCUGGCAUGCACACACAGAGAACCGGAAAAGAGACCAACGAUGCUUCAAGUUGUAUCAAUGCUGAAAGGUGAAUCCAAAGAGAUGCUUUCCAGGCUUGAAAAUGAUGAAUUGUUCAGGCCAGACUCGACGGUGAGUUCCCAUGCAAUGUCAACUCCAGAGGGGAGCUCGGACUGUGUGCUCAAAAAUGAUCAAGGAUUGGCUGCAGCGUGAUGGAUUUAGUACCCUAGAAAAUGUAGAGUCCAUAUUUUUUGUGGGAUUGGUGCUUGGUCUGCUUGGUUUGACAUGAUUUAAGUGUACAGGCUUUGUCAUUUGUGAAGUUUCUCCUCCUUUUUUAGAGGGAAAUUAGGUAAAUGAGUUAGCUGUGUUAUACGGUGCUCUUUUUUUUUUUUUGGGGGGGGGGGGGGGGGGGGCGCAAAGAAUUACACAUGGUGCUUUUUGUGUGCA